CGUGCGAGCAAGCGAGCGAGCUCCUCGCGAGGCUGCCCCUCUCUCCCUCUCUCUCUCUCUCUCUCCCACAUCUUCAGUUCGAGGUCGGCGCUUGGGCCUCACCUCUCUUCGCCUCGCCGUCGGCAUUCCGCCGCCUCCCCCUACCGGAGCCGCCUUCUGCAAGCUUUUCCAUGGAAGACUCCAGUGGCGCUGAUCCGGCGCGCCAGCAUCUGUCCCCGCAGGGCGGCGGGGGCGGGCAGCCGCCAGUGCCGCGCUCCCCGACCCCGCUCGACCUCGCCGCCGCGUCCGCCUACCACCACAGGCGCCUCUCCCCGUCUCCCCGGCCCCCGGCUCACCCGCAGGUGCGUCUCCCUUCGCCCUACGGCCAGAUCCCCUCCGGCGCCGCGGCCCACCACGCGCGCUCGCUGUCGCAGCCUCUCUUCUUCUCCAUCGACUCGCUCCCGCCGCCGCCGUACGCCGAUCUGGCCGGCCCGCCCGCCAUCCCGCCCUCCCCGCCGUCUUCAAGCUCCGACCCGCCGCCCUUCGGCCUGCCGCCGCGGAGGGCUGGCCACCGCCGGUCCCAGAGCGACAUCCCCUUCGGGUUCUCGCAGCUCAGCCCGCCCCUGCCACCCCCGGCGCCGGUGAAGCGCGAGGCGGCCACCGGACAGGAUGGUGGUAGAUUGGAGGGCGACGACGCUGCGUUGUACGACCUUGUCAACGCCUACAUGGACCUGGACGGGAUGGACGCGCUCAACUCCUCCGAGGACCACCACGACGACCGUGACAGCCAUAGCCGUGCCAGCGGCACCCGCGCUACCAGCGCGGCAGAGAGCAGCGAGAACGAAGCCGAGAGCCAGUCCACCUCAGCGGAGAGGAAGGACGGAGCCAAGUCUCGGCAUUGUCGCAGCUUGUCCAUGGACAGCUUCAUGGGGAAGCUCAACUAUGCCACAUGUGACGAUUCGCCAAAGCUACCACUGCCGUCCCCCAGCGGUGGCCUUUCCAGGAGCGGGAGUGGGUCCUUGGAUGGUGGUGGUGCUGCGUCACUGUUUGGUACCGAGUUUGCCAACGGGGAGUUCACUGAGGCUGAGAAGAAGAAGAUCAUGGCAAAUGAACGCCUCGCAGAGAUAGCUUUGACAGAUCCUAAGAGGGUCAAGAGGAUUUUGGCAAAUCGCCAGUCUGCGGCAAGGUCAAAGGAGCGCAAGAUGAGGUACAUUCAAGAACUCGAGCAUAAGGUACAGGUCUUGCAGACAGAGGCGACUACGCUUUCAGCACAAUUGACGAUGCUGCAGAGGGACUCUGGAGGACUUGCGACUCAGAACAAUGAGUUGAAAAUAAGGCUGCAAGCAAUGGAGCAACAGGCGCAGCUGAGAGAUGCUCUGAAUGAAGCGCUAACGGGUGAGGUCCAGCGGCUGAAACUUGCAACCGGUGAGAUUACCGAUGCUCGUAUGUCGAAGGCGGGCCUACAGCAGCAGAUGAACUCCCAGCUGAUUCAAAUGCAGCAGCUGCAAAUACAGCAGCAGCAGCAGCAACAUCAACAGCAGCAGUCAUCCCAGACACAGCAGGCUCAGCAACAGCAACAGCAGCAGCAGUCGCAGCAAUCAGCAUAGACCAAGUUACAAAGAACAUGGAUCUCAAUAGCAGAGGGGGAAAAACUCGAAUCUAGCCAAGCAUGAUGAGUUGAAGGAUGGUAAUGGUAUGUGCGAGCGGAGAGAAAAUAAUAUCUUUUGAUUAUAUCAGACAGGUUGUAGGAUGGAUAGCAGUGGUUGUGCAACGGAUGCUGCCCGAGUUCUUUUGUUUAUGGCGGUAUAAUACUCAGCGUGGAACAUGGUUGUCGUAGUACCGUAUUGUCGUAUAUUCGUGUUGUACAUGAGUACCUUCCUUAGCGAGUCACUGUGGUAGUCAGUCUUCCCAUUAAAGAUUCUUUCCGACGA